AUGGUUAAUCAAUUAAUACUUUUGGUGACAAUUCUGUUGUUGAAUUGUCUGUCGAUCUACAGUCAAGAACUCAGGUGUGUCUUCACUGGUUCAGCUAGGAACUACGUGUGCCAAUUGACAAUAGUAAAUCCAAAUGGUUACAACAAUUUUACUCAAAUUAGCGGCACUCAUUUACCUGGAAUGACCAAUGAGGAUGUAAUUAGAGUAGACAGGAACUCCUUUGAAUCGAUUUCAUCAAACAUCCCAUCAAUUAUAUGUGAUACUUUUAUGAAUAUAGCCUUGAUUGAUUUUUCAUUCAUUGGAGUUGAGAAGAUUCAUGAUUAUUCCUUUAAAAGCUGCAAAAAAUUAACAUUUAUAAACGUAAAUGGCAACAACAUCACAGAAGUUGAUGAAAAUGCAUUUAUCGAAAAUACUGAACUUGAGUUUCUGGAACUUCGGAUCAACGAAUUGACAACAUUACCUGAAAAUGUCUUCACAAGUCAACAUAACCUUAUUAGACUUCGGCUAGAACACACAAACAUUGUUGACUUGCCAGAAAAUAUUUUCGCGCCUUUAAAAAAUUUGUCAUAUUUGGGUUUGGAAGGGAACCUGAUCAAGGACCUCAACAUCAAGUGGUUUGAAAACUUUAAUAAUCUUAGCUUUUUAAUUCUUUCCUAUAACAGGAUCGAAGAAAUUCCAGAAAAUGCUUUUUUACCAUUAUCUAAUUUGGUUUGGUUGGGUUUGAGUAUGAACAAGUUAUCAAACCUGACGACGGAGAUGUUUGAACAGUUUGUGAAUUUAGAAGAAUUGUGGCUGCAUGAAAAUGAACUUGAGGAUUUGCCCAUUAAUUUUUUCAACUCUAUGACCAGCUUGCAAGGUCUAGAACUAGCUAUUAAUAAAUUUUCAAAUCUUCGCCCAGAAUGGUUCAAAUCAAUGUCUAAUUUGCAGUAUUUAGGAUUAUCAAACAAUGAAAUUAAGGAAUUAACUGCUGACGUCUUCACACCUCUCAAAAAUUUAGAGAUUUUGUCUUUAUUUCAAAAUAAAAUUGAAGAUCUUCCAAGUAACAUUUUUAACUCAAUGACAAAAUUAGGAGGAAUUACAUUGGAUGCAAAUAAUCUAAGAGUCAUAAACUCUAAUUGGUUUGGAGUUUCGGAAAAUUUUUGGGCACUUACUGCUGCACAAAAUCAAAUCGAUGCUUUUGAUGAGAGAUUUAUUGACAACACUGGUUUGCAGCUCUUAGAUAUGACAGGCAACAUAUGUGCUGACUUUGCUAUUUUUGAUGAGUCUGUAUUAAGGCAACCGAUGAGGAAUGCCUUACAAAAGUGCUUUGCAAAUUUUGAAGAUUCUAAUCCUGGAUGUAUCGAUGGGAAUUUAGACGAAAGAGUCUGUACAAUUGAAGACGAAGUCCAGCAUCAGCAUGCGAUGAUUAAAAACUUACAAGAAGAUGUUAAAGAAUUGCAGAAGUUAGUUGAAGACUUGAUGAACUGUCCUUGCAGCAGAAAAUGA